GUCAACGUUCUGAUGCCGUCUUGGGUCACCUGGCAAUCUUUCUGGCCCUUCGAACCGUAGAGUAUUACUUCGCUUUGUGCUGCACCGCCAUGGCAUUCUGGACGUACCCGCUGACAGGUUUCGGCGAUUUCUUCGAGCAGCGGCGCGUCGCCUUCGCAGAGCCCAUGCCAGCCGACCGCGUCUGCAGCAUCUGUGGUCGGAUACCAUUUAACGCGGUACAUUUGCCCUGCGCUCACAUUUCGUGCCUACGAUGCAAAGUUGAGGUGUGCAACGCUACACAAUGUCCCCUUGAUGGAACAGCCGUCACGGAAAAGAAGCUUAUACCGUUUGAAACCGACGCCUGUUACUUGGAAAGGCGGCGCGUUGUGUGCGUGGUUGACGGAAGGAUGUGUUCGUCCAACUUCGCCGGCAAACUCUCGGAGCUGAAACUCCACCUGGCCAGCUGCCGUAGCAGCGACAUGCACUGUUCCAAGUGCAACCGACCGGUCCCACGUGAAGCAGCCGCAGAACACCACAGAAAAUGCCGUGAAACAAGCUCUGCGCUGCAUUCGGUGACUGACGCGCGAGUGCGAGAGGCCGUCGAAGAAAUCCGAGGUAUCAAGGAAGACCUCGAGAGUCUGCGACAGAAGGCGUUGAAGGUGCGUGAUAGCGAAGACGAACUUUUGAACGGAUUGAACGGAUUAGUCGAGAGACUGGCCAAUCUUCAUCGUUCACUGUCCGUGGCGCAGGAAACAGUCACUGACGCCCACCGAGAACGCUAUCAGUCAUCGAAGCCAACUGAACCGGGCCCCUUACGCGCUGCGUCGAAGCCUGGCGCGUGCAUCGCGACUUGCAAGUUCGAGUAUGUCUACAAUUCACGGGAUUCGCUCACGCAGAGUAAGAAAGCACACGCGGUAGCGGGCCGUACUUACACGCUCAGCGGCUACACCUUCCGUACUGAUUACCAGUUUUUGAUGGUGGUGGAUGCGGGCAAAGAAGAGGUGAGAAUGAGGUUCGCCAUAUGCCUCCUGUCUGGGGAAUGGGAUGAAUACGUUGAGUGGCCAUGCUCAAAGAAAGUAACGUUGGUCAUCACGCACCCCAGAGAUGAGACAAAUGACAUUAGGCUUCCGUUGCGCAUUGAAGGAUAUAAAGCCGCAAAGAAACCGCGUCCCGGUCUGCUUAACGACGGCUGCUGGACGGAGACGAUAACAUGGAAUGAUAUUGAAUUUCGUGGAUACAUUGUAAAGGACACACUAUUCGUCAAUGUGCAGUUUGAGUAGGUAACGUUCUAUGAAAGUACUAGUUUUUGUUUGCUUUGUCAUAAAUCAGUUAGUAUACCAACCACACUCCACCAUACCAGCAAAGCGCUGAGAUUAUGUUGUAUUGUGAGAUUAUCCCCUGCUUUUUUUAUUCUUGCUUGCUGAGCCAUUAAGCCUUUGGUCGCCAGUUUUGUCUAUUGCUUGUACUGUGAUGUACUGUUUGUAUUCAGUCGUUGUACAAAAUACAUUUGUCGUUAUUUUGUGAUUAAAAAGUUCAUUGUAUUGA